GCUAUGGCAACUUGGCAAGCUAUUAUUGGCUUAAAUGGCUUUUGCUAUCCAACACCUCUUAACUAACUUAAUCUGAGAAUAUAUCCAAUUCAACCGUGAGGAAGAGGGAUAAACCAGUUCUCAUGGCUUCACUUAUAUGCUUCUCUCCGAAUUAUCUUCACCCCUCUACUUCACUUUUCAUUCCUUUGUUUAAAUCAAAACCAUUUACAGAUUCUCAAAUUUCAAAACUCUCUCUUUUUCAUUCUUCUUUAUCAGCAAGGAUUAUUACAUGCCAAAUCAAGCUCAAGCGCCCACCAAGAGCUUUUGAUGAAGAAGUUCCAAGUGAGUUAAUUGAAGAUUCGAAGUUUGUUCCUUUAAAAGCUGAUGAUCCUAUAUUCGGGCCUCCUGCUUUGCUAUUGCUGGGCUUUGAUGUAGAGGAGACAGUGAAGAUACGAGAGCUUUUGACAGAGUUGGAUGGUGAAUUCAUGGAGGUUUUAUUUUGCACUGAAGACAUGGUUGGUCGUUCACUUUGGGAAGCAAUGAAUACAAAGCAACCCAAUUUGGAAGCAGUGAAGGUUGAAAUUUCAAACUUGCAGAUUGCAGAGUCACUGCCUCGGAUAUGCUUCUUAUCUGGUCUUAGUGGAGAGGAAAUGUUGAUGUUCAUUGAAGCAUUCCCAGAAACAGGACUAGAAGUACCAGUAUUUGCAGCUCUUGUUCCCAACAGUGCUGAUAAAACACUGCAGGAGCUUAUAGAAGAGAUUAUGGGGGACCAUGAAAUGCUGACAGGAGAGGGAUUCAACUCAUCGGACGCAGAAGAAGACUAGACACCAAAAUUUGAGUUUGGUUCCUAUCCAUUAGACUCUUCAAUCCAAUGUUUCAAUGCUAAAAGGCAUGGCAGUAAGCUAGAAGUAAUGUACAUCAGCAAGAUCUUUCUAAAAUUAACUCCUUAAAUCUGUGUAUUUCCUACUAAAGAUGGGAAAGAGAAGAUUUUCAGUAGAAAUUUCAGGAUACCGCAAUUACUUGGA